CGGUUUUAGGAGCACCAUCAUUUGUUGACUAGCAAAGAUACCAACUCCCAUACAUAUCAUAUAUUGCAGGGGUAAAGGAUGUAGUGCUUUACAGCUGUUGUACAAAUGGGAAUGGCGUCCUCUUUGGUGAUUUUGGUUGGUCUUUGUCUGACUGUUAGUUUUGCGAGAGCUUCAUUAUCCACUUCCAAGCCAACAGAGCACAGAAGAUUUCGCCGUGGCUUUCGCUCGUACUUUUACAAUUACCUUGAUGAGAUAGCCAUGUCGAUAUGUGCAGCCAUUCCAUCUGAUGGACCUGGUCUCAUAUAUGCAGUAAGACGAACUUGUGGUGAAGAAUCAAACUGUAAAAACAUCUGUACGGAUCCCAAACUACGACAACAAGGUCCAGAGGAGGUUCGAAAGCUAACGUGGGCGUGUACUGAAUCAUUGCACGUGUACAAAAGACAACCAGCCCUGGCAGAUAAUUAUGAUGACUAUACAGAUUCGCAUAAGCUUGGACUGGCUGUGUUUAGACAUCAUUCAUGUACUGUAGCUGGGUGUGGACCAAACUACUGCUGCUGUAGGGCAGUUGCUGUAUAGCUCAAUAAUGAGUUUGAUAAGCGAAUACAUUCCACAAGCCGAGGUUUUAUUGUUCUUUGUAAUGUGUAAUAUUUGCGUCAUAGAAACGCUUGUAAUGCAAUAAUUCGUUGUUGCCCUCGAAUCUACAAUCUUCUGCAAAAUAAUGUGCCACUUUCUCCCCUUUCCCCCUAGCAAUGUUGGUCAAGAAAGUUUUCUACACUGUGAAGCGGUUGGCUGGUAAAAUACAUGCGAGACAACAUUGCUACGGGGGGAGAGGAGGGAUGGUUCUCUAAAAUACUAGGUGGCACAUUUUAUUUUGCAGAAGAUUGUAGAUAUUCUCUAAUUUCACAUCCCCAUAAUCCUUUGCGUCUUUGGGGGGUAACCAGAGGGUAAAAACCCACUUAUUUUGCUGAAGGCUGA